UCACCACCACCAACACCACCACCACCACCACCACCAGCUUUAUCAUCGACACUUCCAUCACCACUGCUGCAUCAACCACUAGCACCACCACUACCACCACCACCACAACCACCACCACCACCACUCCACCGCCAUCAUCACCACAGUCAUUAACCACCACCACAAUCAUCCCCAUCACCUCUACAGCCUCAUUCACCACCACCAUUAACACCAUCACCUCCUCUACUACUACUACUACUACUACUACUACUACUACUACAGCAUAUACUUCUACUAACAACUCCCGUGUCUUGGGGAAUAUAACCACCAAAUAUAUAUAAAAAUUCGACAAUGCAAAAAGCAAUCCGAUUCAAUGAGAGCCAAAUAUUAUAUUUGGCCCAAAAGGCUCGCCAGGAGAACACUCUGUGCGGUUACCUGUACAAGAAAAGUUCCGAUACUGGCAAGUGGCAGCUCAGGUGGUUCAUACUUUACCAGAAUUUCCUGUUUUACUAUGAGAAUGAUUCUGCAAGUCGGCCGUCAGGAGUGGCCCUGUUAGAAGGAAGCUAUUGUGACCGAGCAGUCGUAACUACAAGCAACAAAACGAAGGAUGAAAAACAGUUUUGUUUUAGUAUCACCUAUCACCAAAGUGCCGGACAACGACAAUAUGAUCUUAAGGCUGACACCGAGGCUGACUGCAUUGCCUGGAUUGAAGCCAUUCGACAAGCUAGCUAUAGCAAGAUGAUAGAAUGCAAAGAAGAACUGGAACAGAAACAUUUGCAUCUUCUACAGAUAUUAGACAGUGAAAGGCAGGCGAAAUGGCAUUAUGUCCAGCAAACAGAAGAACACACUGCCGAAAUUAAGAAACUUAAAAACGAGCUCCUAAAAUACAAGGCUGAAAGAAAGUUGUCAAAUCACCGAUUGGCCGAGGAAAAUGAGGAAAUUAGGAAAAUCAAGAAGGUUCAAAGUUUUUUUCGUGGUUGGCUCUGUCGACGGCGUUGGAAACAAAUUGUGGAGCUCUACAUCCGUUCUCCUCAUGCUGAAAGCAUGAGGAAACGUAACAGCAUUGUGUUCAAUAUGGUUGAAAGUGAAGAGGAAUAUAAUAGGCAGCUAUCCACUCUUGUUACAUGUUUUCUUCGACCUUUUAGGAUGGCUGCCAGCUCUAAGAAACCCCCCAUCACACACGAGGAUGUCAAUUCUAUAUUUCUAAAUAGUGAAACUUUAUUGUUUUUACACCAAAUCUUCUUAAAAGGAUUAUCAGCAAGGUUAGAAAAUUGGCCAACAUUAGUAUUAGGUGACCUUUUUGACAUCCUUUUACCCAUGUUAUGUAUCUAUCAGGAGUAUGUUAGGAACCAUCAUUACAGUUUACAAGUUUUAGCAGAAUAUAAACAAAAACCAGACUUUAACAAUUUACUUAAACGCUAUGAAGAAAAACCAUUAUGUGAGGGGAGAAGUGUUGAAAUAUUCCUCACGCAUCCUAUGCAUCAGAUCCCUAGGUAUAUAAUUACUCUUCACGAACUUUUGGCACACACUCCUCAUGACCAUGUGGAGAGAGAGAAGCUAGAGUAUGCCCAAAGUAAACUGGAAGAGUUAUCACGCAUAAUGCAUGAUGAAGUAAGUGAAACUGAAAACAUACGAAAAAAUUUAGCUGUCGAACGGAUGAUAAUUGAAGGAUGUGAUAUUUUGUUAGACGUCAAUCAAACAUUUAUCCGGCAAGGACUUCUACUUCAGUUGUUGCCAGAUAAACCAAAGAAUCUGCUCGGUCUUUCUUCUAAACGAGAAGUUGUGCGACAAGUCUUUCUUUUCUCUAAUCAUAUGUUGCUUACAAGCCGGGCAUCCAAUGGAAGACUGCACCUUGCCAAGAACUCAAGUAAGCAUUUGAAAGGACAAUUCUUAGACAAAUAUAGACAACAAGGGAAAAUUCCUCUGAUAGACUGCACACUUAUUGAAGAUCCCAGUUCUGAAGUUUUCCUCGUUGAUGAAGACACUUAUUCUUUAGACUCGGUUGGCAGUUUUGGCAGUCAGUCACUUGGUCCAAAUGCAUUGGGAAACCAAACUGAUGGAAAAGAUAGACCAGAUCAUCAUGGUCUUGAAUUCCGUCUUAUUAUAGAUUCAAAAAGUGGACCACCAUUAACACUGUCCCUAGUGGCAGCAACCCCACAAGAAAAAGCUGCUUGGUGUAGUGAGAUUAGUCAGUGCAUUGAAAAUCUUCACUACAGCGACCUUCUGAACAGCUCCAUGUGGGAAUCUUCAUCAGUGACUAUGCCACAGUCAGUUAGACAUAUAUGGAAGAAACGAACUUAUAGCCGCCCUGUUUUCAGGCAAAAGCUUCAGUCUGAUCCAAAGCUUUUUCGUGAUGAUGUGGAUAUAAAAUUUAGCAGAACCCUUAAUUCUUGCAGAGUCCCUCAGAUUCGACAUGCCACCGUUGACCGCCUUCUUGAUCGAUUAACAGAUCUGCGAUUUCUUAGUAUUGAUUUUCUCAACACAUUUCUACUCACAUAUAAAGUGUUCACUACAGGUUAUACUGUCCUUGAAGCACUAAGAAAAGUAUAUCGAAAUCCAGACUGCUGUGGAAACUUAGAAGCAAUUUCACAUAUGAACGAUCAAGAUGGCUAUCAAGAAGGUCAUGAUAAUACGGUUCAAUUCAGUGGAAGCCCUCCAGACUCCCGUCUACUUAUCCGACCUCAGCCGAAUGGCCGUCGAAUCAGCACGGGCUGUAUGAGAACAGAGAUCACAGGUGAUAGUAGACAAGUGGCUGCUGACAAAGCUACCGUUCCUGCAGCACCCCCAUGCACUCCCAGUGCAUUUCACAAAUAUCGUGGUGGUGAUUCUACAGAAAGUGAAGAAAGCCAAUCGGAAAUAUCUUCCUAUCUUAAACCCUCCAGGCCCAAGUUAGCGCCAAUUGCUUCAUGUGAAACUUUAUAUGAUCAUGAAAUUCCUAUUAUCACAACGUCUGAUGAUGUCUUCCUGAAGGAGUCGAAAGCUGUUAUGGAAAAUUAUCCAAUUUCACUAAAGGACUGUGAUGAAUUGGAGAAUGAGAAGCAUGCUAAGCUUUUGGCUCCUUCAACCACACCUGUGUAUGUUUCAUCAUCAGAAACAUUAUAUGACGGGCUCACUCACGCUACACUGAGUUCUACUCCAAGUACAGACACUUUAACCCCUAAAUCAAUGAAAGUCAGCCCGGCUACUUCCCCCAUAAGCCCUUCCAGACAAUUUGUGCCAAACAAAUUAAUAAGCGAUAGUUUUCUUGGACAAACAGUCAGCUCAUCAUCAGGCCUUACAAGUCCUCGGAAGUUUGUGCCAAUCAAUGUCGGUGACUCGAGAUUAUCAAGGCCAUCUACUCCAGUAAAAAGUGGCACACCAAUUUCAUCUCCAGUUAGUAGUCCCCGAAAGAGUCUACCGAUGAAACAAGUGGAGUUCUAUACUCGGCCAUCAACCCCAGUGAAAGCUACUGGCAGUUUACAUAGCCUUGAUUCAAUCUCAUGUUCUUCGAUUGAGAGUCCAACCAAGGCUUUUACUGCCAAAAUGACGUCCUCCCCAAGUAAAACCCCAGUACUAUCAGCCUCCCCAAGACACAUGCAGUCUCCAAGAGGCUCAGUUGUUAGAUCUCCAACAUCGAGUCCAAAGCUCCGCCGUGCCCCAUCUCCAAUCCUUGGUUACAGUUACUCUUCUCCAAACAUGAUAGUACCCAACAUGAAAAAUAUAUUUUCCAGCAAAAGAGGUAGUGCAGAAGCUGAAUCAAUUUCAACUCCCAGAAGCAGUUUUGCCCAGGCAGAUGGUUCACCCCCGCAGGCUAGAGCGGGAACUGUAGUUACGUCGUCACGCCAGUCAAAACGGCGAUCCAGUUCUUCUGCAGCUACCACUGCAUUUGCUGCUGCAACUGCAGGUUCAACAAAUCCACUCGAUCACCCAAAAGGAAGCCGGCAAUAUUUAAAUCCAGUGGAUACGAAAACAAAGAAACGAGAAUCAGUGUUAAGUGCAGCAGCUACAAUGAGGGUUCUAAAUGUAAUGAAACAUUGGGUUUCGAAACAUUAUCAGGAUUUCGAUACUGAUGCACAAUUGAAAGCUUUUUUGAUUGAUUUACUUGAAGAAAUGGUGUGCAACACCUCUUUACUACCAGCUGAGCAUAAAGCAGCUGCAGGCAUACUACGCAUAAUCAACCAGGAGAGCCAAGAUAGCAAUAAAGUUGAUUUAGAUAUAUUAUUAGCCCCACCUGCAACAUCUUCAACAGACACGUCAGAUUCAUUAUCAGCAUUGGAUAUUGCAGAACAACUCACUUAUUUAGACCAUAAAAUUUUUAUUGCAAUUCGCAGUGAUGAACUGUUAUCUCAGACGUGGAUGAAACCAGAUAAGGAAGUCAGGGCACCACAUGUGCAUUUAGUCACAAAAAGAUUUAAUGAGGUGAGUCGUUUGGUAGUGUCAGAAAUAGUUGGACGUACCAAUAUACAAGACAGAGUAGCAUGUCUUGAAAAGUGGGCUGCAAUCGCCGAUAUUUGUCGCUGCAUGCACAAUUAUAAUGGUGUCUUACAGAUAUGUGCUGCAUUUGUGAACAGUUCAGUUUUUAGAAUGAAGAAAAUGUGGGAAAGAAUAUCAAAGCAGACACGACAAAUGAUUGAUAAGCUCCAAACAUUAGUUUCCUCUGAAGGAAGGUUCAAGAACAUGAGAGACGCACUUCAUAGAUGUGAUCCACCCUGCAUUCCAUAUCUAGGCAUGUAUUUGACUGAUUUAUCUUUUAUUGAAGAAGGUACACCAAAUUUCACAGAUGAAAAGCUUGUGAACUUUUCAAAAAUGCGUAUGAUUGCUCACGUUAUUAGAGAAAUACAAGUAUUUCAGCAAACACCAUACAGAAUUGAACAUCAUCCAAGAGUAACCAACUAUCUAUUGGAUCCCAGCAGACUUAUGACAGAUGAAGAAGCUUAUAGAGCAUCACUGGAAAUCGAACCUAAACAAUCCCGAUUGUCAGUACCUAUUAUAGACCCUUGAAAAUAAUUUCUUGGUUGUGAGAGACAAAACAAAACAUACACCCCCACCAGAGAUUACUUGCACUUCAUGGUGGUACCAUAUGAAUGAUUGGUGAAAUUUGGAAAUCUUUCUUGAUAUGUGCAUUUAUACAAAUGUAUGUGUAUUUGUGCAUAUAUUUGUGUGUGUGUGUGUGUGUGUACAUAUAUCUAUGUGUGUAUCUGUACAUGUAUGUACAUACAUUAUAUCAAGAUUUAUAUAUGCACACAUACAUAUAUGAAUAUACAAACACAUACAUACAUAUAUAUAUAUGCAUGUAUACACAUACGCAUACCCAUAUAAAUAUAUGGUGUUUGUGCAUAUAUACUGACAUACAUACACAUAAAUAUUCUUUGUAUAUAUGUGUAUGUAAUUCCACAUGUAUAUCAAAGGAAAUGACACUAAAAAAUGACAGUGGAUGAUCAAAAGUUAACCUUUUGAAAAAAAAAAAAAAAAGAUUAUUAAUAAUUAUUGUUGUUGUUGUUUUUUCCAUAUAAAGAUAAAGGAAAAAAAAUAAAAGUAAUUGAAAUAAAAGUCAUUAAAAAUAGUAUCCCAACUAUCUGUGUGACUCCGGUAUGCUGAACUUUCCACUGCUGGCUAAGAAAAUUACGUGGAAUAUGUAUUUUCCUACUGGAACAUUGAUAUCGUCUUAAGCUGCAAAUGUAGAAACAAUAACAGAUUAUUUAGAAUAGCUACUUAUGGUUAGUUAUUGUUUUACUUUCAUCUAACUCAAGAAAUAGCUACAAUAUUUGAAGUGUAUUAAGCUCGUAUAUCCUGUCAACUAUAGAAUAAAUUGAUAGCUGUUGAACAUCCUCAAAUAGAAAAUUAGAAAAAAAGAAAAGAAAAGAAACUGGCCGGUGAAAAAUCAAAUGUUUUAAUUUAAUAAAAUUGUUUGAUGGUGAAGGAGAACAGUAUUGUCAUUGUCAGGAUGAUAUCAGCAAACUUAUGUAGUAAAUGUUUAGCUAAAAGAAAGAUGAUAUUUAAUUUAAAUAAUAAUUGCAAGGCUGUACGAAUUUUGAGACAGUUAAAUGUCAAAGAUAUAAAAAUUAGGAAAACUAAAAGGAUAUAGGAUGGCAUUUAAUGAAGCAAUGAAAUGUGAAAUUUCAAUUUCCAAAUUAAUGUGAUAAGGGAAGGAUAAUGAAAACCAAUACAUUCCACAAAAAAAAACACAAAACACUGACUAUUAUAAGGGAAAGAAGGUAUAUAAAAAACAUGCAGUAACAAUAAAAAGGAAUAUGUAUGUAUGCCUGCAGCUGUUUAUAUGUCUCAAGAAGAUAAAACCAUAUCUUUAAAAAAAAAAAUUUAAAAAAAGAAGUUAUUUUAAAGAAAUAACUACUGUAUUGAAGGAAUUGAAAAGUAUCUUAUACCUUCUCAAAUAUAAGCACAUAAAAUUCAAAUGAAGAAAUAUAAAAAUACAGUAGAAAAAGAAUUUUAACUAUUUUUGUUUCUAUGCUGCAUAUACAAAAAAAAAAGUGAAUAUAAUUGUUGACAUUCAUUUAUAAAUUAAGAUAUUUUUUUGUGGAAAAUUUCUAUAAACUGGUGAGUCUAGGUUCUUACUGAUUAUCAGUUUUACUUUCUUCUUACAGGUCAACUAAUUAUUUUAUCUUACAUUGCUGGGAAACAAUUAUAAUUAUGGAGCUAAAACCACAUUUAACAUUAAUAAGGAUUUUGUUACAAAUGAUAUAGAAGUUUCUAUAGAUAUCUCCCCCAAUUUUUAGAUUAGCUGGUUAAUUUGUUUCAAUCACCCUAUAACGGUAGAGUUGUGUCUGAAUCUUCUGCGAUCAAUGUGAUAGUUCCUUAACACUCAGCACUCAACCAAAGGUUUUCUUCAAACAUCUCUUCUACCUAAGAAACUAUUCAAUCUUUUGCUGUUGAUUGCACAUUAAUUUGUUUUCCAACAUUCUUUGCAAACCUAAUAUACCUGCUUAAAUUGAAAAAUGUCACACACACACACUUUUCUUAAAAUCUAUUCUUUCAAAGAGAUUACAGGAUUACAAUUACUUUAUUUUAUUUAAACAAAUCCUGACAGCCAACUAUUGUAUUUUUAUCAAGAAGCUUCCCAUUUUUGCAAAUCUCAAAAUUAAAUCUAUUUUCUUUAGCUAAAUCCUUAGUAUAGUUCUUUUCCCCGCCAAUAUAUUCAAGUGUAGUCUUCCUACCCAGAGCAUGAGUUUUAACCCUAUCUCGAACAUAUUUUUAUCUUUUGAGAAUCUCAGGCCAGUCUAUUAAUGGUACAUAGCUACAACAGAUGAGAUAAAUUCUGACUGCAUUCUACCAUACAGUUAUUUUUCUAUAGCUUACUUAUCUAACAAGUUAAAUUAAUGUGUAGAAAAGUUAAGCAUUCUCACUCUUUAACUUCGUAUUGUUUUCAUUUAAAACAAAAUAUUUAGACAUGUUUAUCCAAGUUUGCAGCUUACACAGGUGAAAAGUCUUCUGAAUCUCUUAAGGCUAAAAGUUUCAGUAAAUCACUGGGUAGCACGGGAUAACAGAAGACCUCCUCUUCAUGUGAUAAGUGAAAGGCAAAUUAAGCUGGCAAAGUAGAUUCCAUUCCAAACUACAGUCUUGAGUCAUGUUUAUAUACAUGAAAUCUUUGUGAUUUUCAAUGUUUUCCAAAGAAUGUAAGUAAAAUAAAAUAGCUCUGACCAAGAAUCUAAGUGGGGGUCGUGGAUUGGGGCCAUUAGUAGUUUACUUCCAUUUUAUUGUGUUCAAUUUUAUUAUAAAAUGGAAUUACAUUAUAUUUUCAACAAAAUGUUUAAGAAGAAUUUUCAAAGGAAAUAGAUCAUAAUGUAGAAAAGUGCCAAAUUGGCAGCUUAUUCUUGAAAUUUCCUUGUUCAAGUUAUUUCUCAUUUGUAAAUCUAUAGUUCAGAAUUUCCAGUUUUAAUUAGUAAUAUUCAAAAAUUCAUAUAACAAAAUUCAUCAUGAUCAUUAUUUUAGGUGGAGAUCUCUGACUUAUGUAGCUUUUUUGCAGCAAAUCUUACUUUUAAAUUAUUUAAAUCAAAAUAUUUCUAAAUAUUUUGAAACAGUAGAGAAAUAAGUUGAUUUUGUUAGCCUAGUGCUAUGUAAUAAUAGUAAUUCAUAAUUUUCAAUCAUUAAAAGAUUUAUAUCUUAUUUUAAUGAAUUUCAUUAAGUUUGUUUUCUUUUUCUUUAUUUUGGCACAGACAAACAGUUUUCUUUGCCUCUUAUUUGUAUUCUUAAUUAAACUUUUUUGAAGUUUUAACUUAGUCUGGGUAUUGAGAGAAUUUUAAAUGUUUUUUUUUAUACAUUUGCUGCAAGUUUAGUAACAAAACAAACGAAAAAAGAAAUGGAAAUUUAAAUUAUAGCUGCUCUUCUGUUAGACUAAGAUUAACUGCAUAAAUAAGAGUGGUGGGGAUUACUGAGGUAAGAGGAGAUUUCUUAAAUAUAUAAAAGACAAUGAUACCUAAGGAUUUUCAGAGAUCCCCUAAGUGACAAUUUAGAUAAGGUCUGCAAGUAUAACUGAGGACUUCAACAUCAUUCCAGACUGGGAAUUAAAAUUAAUUCUAUGUCAUUUAAAAAAAAAAAAAUCUAUAUAUUCUAUGACACUAUUUCCUUGUUGUAAAAUAGUACUUUUUUCUAUAUCUUCUAUUGAAUUUUUAUCUAAUAACAAUAGGUUGUUUGUUUAACAAAUUAAUUGCUAUUCAAGUGGGAAGCAUAAAAUUGUAUGACAUAGAAAAUAAUGUGAGAGAAAGACAACAAAAAAUGGUUACAGGGUAACUUUGCAGAAAAGAAAAAUGUAAACAGAAAAUAUGUCAGCAGAUGGUUAUAAAAAGUUAAGGGUCAUGAAUGAGAGUAAGUUAAUUAAUUAUAAAUAUAAUAGAAUAAUAAAGAUUCAAAACUCAAAUUAAGGAAGAAAAUGAUUACAUUAUUUACAAUUGAUGGAUAUUUGUCAUCUUGUUUGUUGUUAACAACAAACAAGAUAAGAACAAAUAUCCGUCAAUUGUAAAUAAUGUAUAUAAUUCCUAAUCUCUUAAAUAUAGAACAGAAAAUGAUUAGUUGAAAUAUAUUAGAUGAGAAGAAUUCAGAUCAUUAGGGGUCUUUUACUUUCUAAUUAUAAUAAUCAUUCACACAAAUUUUAAUUAUGAAUUCCUUAAAAACAAGUUUUUAAAUAUUUCUAUAUAUGCAUGUUAUUUGAUUUUAUACACAUAGUUCACACAUUAAUGAACACAAUACAAAAGCAUUAACCACCAUACAUUUUGCAAAUUUUCUUCCAAGUAGCCAAAUUUCAGAGGUUGUAUCAAGCUAUAUAGCUUUUCUACAAACUUUGUCAGGGAUUUUAUUUUAAUCCAAGUUAUUUUAUCAAAAUUAUCCUUCUUAUCUCAAAUUUUGUUUUACUUAUUUCAAAAACCUUAUAGUAACCUUAUAGAUUGUUUCAGAAAUAUCUUAGACACAUUUUUCUUUGACAUUUGUUAUAUAUAUAUAUAUACAUUAUAUAUAUAUAUAUAUAUAUAUAUAUAUAAAGAUGUACUUCAAUUUAAUCUUUUUUCAGAAAAGUGGGAAGGGAGUUUUCUAAACUUUGUUGAUAAAAUUUAUUUUCUAGAAAACAUUUUUUGAAAUCUAUUUAAAUUGUUGCUUAUAAAUCCAAACCUGCCACUGUUGCUGCAAUCAUAUCUGUACUGUCUGUGAACUAUUUUCAAAUAUUUGUUAUGUUACAACUUGUAUCACUGCAACAAACAUAUUCAGCAGAUUUCUUUUACACUUUAUUUAUCUGUUGUUUUGUUUACGAAUGAUACAGAAAAAAGGAAAAAAACUAAAAACAGUU